CUGGGCGCCAACGUCCCGCGCGCUGGGCGGUCGAGGGUGAGGGCGGCGGCGGCGGGCCCCGUGCAUGGGAAAGAAAUCAUGGAGUGCGUCUACGUGCCUGUGGCGCCGUACGACUUGCACCCCUCGAGGCGUGCGCGGGGCAAGGAGCGUGCGCGCGACGGGGACCAAGACCAGGAGCGCGAGAUCCCCGUGGCGGCGUACGACGACGAGCAGCAGCCGCGCUCGGGUUGGUCCAGCGAGACGGUCAUGGUCGAGCGCAACGGAUGGACGGCGCUCCAGACGGACCCGGACGACGACGACGAUGUGGACCCCGACGCGCUCCGCCGAGAGGAGACCCAAGUCGAGGAGGAGCUCCGGCCUCUGUCCACCCCGAGGCCGACCGCGGGCGCGAAGCAGAAGGCGAAAGGCACGAGGGCAACGAAGGUCAAUGCGAAGGCGAAGGCGAAGGAGAGUGUGCAGGAAGACGAGCAGCCCCCUGCGAAGAAGCGGCGGAUGUCCCGCGGACAGCAAGCCGUGGCUGGUCCGAGCGUCCCGCGACAGGCCCCGCAGCAACCAAUACCGAUGCCGGCCUACUCAGCAUCGUCGUCUGCCCCUGUGCAGCACGGGAAGCCCAACUCUGGUGGUCCUCGCAACGGACAGCCUUCGUGGUACCCCGGCGCAAGUGCGCAAGGGACUUUCUAUAACUUCCGAGUUUCUGUUCAGCCUUCGAGUGCGGCCCGUUCACCAACGACAAACGCUGCACGUCCGCCGGUCUCUGCGCCUGCGCCCGCCGCCGCACCCGUCAUACCCCUGCCCGCAGGAGCGGCGGCGGUGCCGGUUAUGCUGGUGCCCGACCCACACGAAUACCCGACGCACGAGGCGCUCUUCGAGGAGCUGCUCGAGCACGUCGACCAGUGGAAGACCGAGAAGACGGCCUUCCGCUUCCAGGGCUCAUGGAUGGUCACAAUAGAGCCCAAUGCCAUCAUCGACGAGCAGCUUGUGCGCACCGCUGCGGAAGAGGUGGGCAAUCUGACCGAGAUGCCGUUCAGCACGGACCGCAACCAUACCACGGUUGUCCUCCGCGGAAGGAGUGCACAGGUGCACCUCUUGUGUGAGUGCUCCGAGGACUGGGGCUUGGCCCGAGCUUGUGGAGGGCGGAUGAGCCUCAGUUUGAUGCAGAUGCCGGAGGACCAGGCGUCAGUGCGCUGUAUGCUUGAGGUCUCCCAUUAGAAGUAAUCUCGUGUUUUGCUGAUCAAUGUACUUGUAUUCCCUGUCCGAUAUGUCGUCUAUGCUUUGUUUGGUUUUGUGUUGUGUCCAUUAUGUCACUGUCUCGUAUGCUUGGCAUUCUUGAUUCUCUAGUCACUUGAUAGAACCUUGCUCCAUGUUGGAAGUCUGGUAUUACAGAUGCAAACCUUGUGGUGUU